GAAGAAAAAUGUUUUAAUGCUCUUGUUUUCGAAAGGCUAAAUUCUAACUAAACCAACUACAGUAAUUCUCAAAUUCUCCAUUCUCCCAUUCUCAAAUUCCUCGAGAAUUCACGGCUCUGUCGGUUCAAUUAUUAGCGAUCAAUUGCUCCAAAUCCAACAGUGGAGCUGAGAUUGAAAGAGUUUGCUGACGAAUAAAGGAGUAUAUUUGUAGUGAUAGAGGAGUUACACCGAGUUGAGUUGAGUUUCGUUGAAGUGAGCCUCUUCCUGUUCUCAAUUGCAGAUUUGGAAGCUUCACUAAAAUAUCUACAUCAGAUGAAGAUCUGGAGUAUACUAGUAUAUCUAGAAGAAGGGAAGUUAUAAUAAAUGAUGCUUUUGAUGAUAACAAGCUCAUUACAUCAUCUUCACGUUGCUGUUUUGCUUUGAUCAACUCAAAUCCAUGGUUGUCGCAUAAAAAGGCAAUACUAGCGCUACAGUUUUCCAUAUUGGAGGAGCUGUAAUGGAAGUCAUGAGCAAGUUCUUAAUUGCAUCGGCACUUAUGUGGACCGUGCCUAUUGCAGUUUUAUAUGGGUUCAACCAUAAUUUCUUCCCUGGUUCAGCUAGUUUGUCCCAUGAAGCCCUGACAUUGUGGAGUGGAAUCCUUGCAGUGAUCUCCGUAAAUGUGGUUAUCGUACUCUAUAUCAUCUCGGCCAUGAAAGAGCCCCCAUUGGACAAACACGAGCCAGAUCCUAGAUUCCUAGCAGAUGCAAAGGCUAGCAUAAAGCAGCAGCUGGGACCAACUGAAGUCGACCCAUCAUCAGACCGUGCAAAACAAGAAUAGCUGAUGUUAUCUUAGUACAAGGUAGUUUCAGCUCUGAUUUCCUCAGAGGAGCCGGACGCAUAUGAGCAGGAGAGCCCUUGACAAAUGAGCACCGAGAUUAUCGAUAGAUUGAAUCGGCGCGCCGCAAACCACCAUGCCCACCGUUAGGGUAGGCCGAGAUCGUCUGUUCGCAGCUCUAGGGCGCACCUACACUCAAGAAGAGUUUGAAGACUUGUGCUUCAAGUUUGGAAUCGAGCUCGACGAUGUGACGACGGAGAAGGCAAUUAUACGAAAAGAGAAGCAUUUGGAAGAAGAGGAACCGUCUGAAGACGAGGAAGUGAUUUAUAAAAUUGAAGUUCCAGCUAAUAGAUAUGAUUUACUUUGCCUCGAGGGUUUGUCACAAGCUCUGCGAAUAUUUGCUGGGCUUGACCCAAUACCUACUUAUACUGUUGCGAACAUCAGCAAGGAAUCUAUGCUCAAAAUGCAUGUCAAACCAGAGACAUCUCAGAUCCGCCCAUAUGUUGUGUGUGCUGUUUUAAGAGGUGUUACAUUUGAUGAAGCUCGAUAUAAUAGCUUCAUUGAUCUUCAAGACCGCCUUCACCAGAAUAUUUGCCGGCGAAGAACUUUGGUUGCAAUCGGUACACAUGAUUUGGAUACAAUAGAAGGCCCUUUUACAUAUGAGGCUUUAUCACCAAAAGACAUAAAGUUCACCCCACUAAAACAGACAAGGAACUUCUCAGCUGACGAGCUAAUGGAAUUUUAUAAGAAAGAUUUGAAAUUGAAGAAGUUCUUACAUAUAAUUGAGGGAUCACCAGUUUACCCUGUCAUAUAUGACCAGAGAAGAACUGUUUUGUCCUUGCCUCCAAUUAUUAAUGGUGCACAUUCUGCCAUUACCUUGAAGACAAAGAAUGUAUUUAUUGAGUGCACUGCCACAGACUUGACAAAGGCCAAUAUUGUUUUGAACACAAUGGUUACCAUGUUCUCAAUGUAUUGUGAAAGGAAGUUUGAGGUUGAGCCCGUCGAAGUGACUUACACCGAUGGAAGAUCAUAUGUUUCGCCAGAUCUGUCUCUUUACCAAAUGGAGGUUCCUUUGUCAUACAUCACCAAGCUUAUUGGGGUAUCCCUGCCAGCCCAUGAGUCUGCUUGUCUGUUGAAUAAAAUGCAAUUGCAUGCCAAGCACUCGAUAUCAGAGAAGAAUGAAGCCAGCUUCACAAUAUCAGUUCCUCCCACUAGAAGUGACAUUCUUCAUCUUUGUGAUGUGGCCGAGGAUGUGGCUAUUGCUUAUGGCUACAAUGAAAUUCCAAAGAUAACAUUUCCAUCUGUGAAGCCACAAUUAUUGAAUAAGUUCAGUGAUCUUAUUCGAGAAGAGAUUGCAACAGUUGGUUACACCGAGGUUUUGACUUGGAUAUUAUGCUCAAGCAAAGAAAUUUCCACCAUGCUUAACCGUGAGGAAGACAAAACUGCAGCGAUUAAUGGAAAUCCUCGCUCAGCGGAUUUUGAGGUUGUCCGCACCACUCUUAUGCCCGGCAUAUUGAAAACAGUUGGGCACAAUAAAGAUCAUCCAAAACCAAUCAAAAUAUUUGAAGUGGGUGAUGUGGUGCAAUUGGAUAAGGAAAAAGAUGUUGGUGCAUCCAAUCAUCGAAAGCUUGCAGCUUUACAUUGUGGAUCUACCUCUGGAUUUGAGCUUAUACAUGGCCUUGUAGAUAGAAUCAUGGAAGUAAUGGGAACUCCAUUUGUAUCACCUGGUGACAAGACAGGCUACUACAUAGAAAGUUCAAAUGAGCCGGAGUAUCUUAAAGGUAGACAAGCACACAUCAUAUUCAAAGGAGAGAAAAUUGGCAAUUUUGGAAUCGUGCAUCCACAGGUUUUGCAUAACUUUGACAUUCCAGACCCGUGCUCAUUUGUGGAAAUCGACAUUGAGAAAUUACUCUAAAGCCUAACAAAACCAUAUACUGAAGUUUGAAUCGUCGAUGGAGGAGAUAGAUAGGAAAGGCUAUGGUUUUCAUUCUGUUACAUUUUAAUGUAAAUUUUGACACAUGGUUUCUCAGCUUCUCUAAUACUUGAGAUCAAGUCAUAUUUUGUUGGAAUUAAUUGUAUGUUUUUUACAUGAAAACCAAAACUUUUAUGUUUGAUCCAACUAUACAAAUUAUAUAUGGUUAUAAUUUGUUUCCACA